AUGCCAAAUAAGCCCCUUGCAAAUUUUACGUGCGUGAUCAACCUUGACGAACAUGAUGAUAAAGAGAUCAAACGAGCCGUUCUUCCACGGACGGCCGAACAGUAUGAGCGGAGUCUGAAGAUUUUUGACAAAUUCCUUAAGCUGCACCCCGCUGCCUGCUCUCCCCCGGAUAUCAAAACCUACAAAGGGUUUUUGGAAUUCUACGCAAGAAACACAACGGGUCGAGUCGAGGAAAGGCCUACAAUGGAGACCGUGGAGAGUUUCCGCCGGGACUUCGAAACAGCUCUUGCUCGGCUGAGGGGCUUCUGUGUCCCAAAGAACAUGUCUAAUACCUUGAAGGAGUACAUCAUAUCGGAUUUGAAGACCAAACUUAGUCUUCCAGAUGUUGAGAUGUCCAGAGAUGGACUCUCUCCAAAUGAUUUGACCAUCCUUCUGACACAGCUCUGGUGUCGGGAUUUUAAGGAAUACCGCGGCCAGUUUCCUGACCGGAGUAGAGUACAGCUUACCGCAUCAAUACUACUCUAUUGCUUUUCGUCCGCCCGAACUGGAGAGGUGCAUGAGUCAACAGCUCGCCGAUCUCUUGCCCGGCAGAAGGACGCCGGCGACGACAAUGACGCGAAUCUCCGAGCCAGUGCCAUGGCUGCAUGCUACAAGAACUGGUCGAUGGCAUUCCAAUUGCACGCGUUCUACGAGGUGCACAAAGAGAAAGUCCCACUCUUUUUCAACUUGAUUUUCUUCAUGCUUCCGUUGUUUUCUGCUGACCAUGCUUUCCGCCAUUACAAAUCGUAUACCGAGAUCCUUGAGAAGUGGACUCCAUCAAGGCCGUUCAGCGAGCUGGAUUGUGAAACCUCCACGGGUAGGGCAAGAGGUGCCGAUGCAUUUGGGAAAGAGUUUGCUGUACUUGGGUGUCGGAGCGGGUAUGAACUGAAUGUUACUGCCCGUGCGUGUCGUCGAUGGGCACUGAUGGAAACCGAUAAGAAAUACUCUCAGACGGCUCAAAUGAAGCAUGCUUCUCACACUGAAGCACGCACUUUUGGCCGAUCGUACGCUCAUCCUGUGUGCGAAGUGGAUUCCUACUGGAAUAUUGCUUCCCGCUAUGAGCAUAUUCAAAAUCGACGCAGCAUGGGCGUACACCGUAACCCAAGUCUGUGGCAAUCUCUACCCGCAAAGGCGGAAUUUGAAUUCCAGGAACGAGAAGACGUCAUGGCACUUGACACAGAAUUCGCACUCCUCAGCUCCCAACUUGCGAAGGCCGACAGCCAGGAAAUGGCGCACGAGAUUCACCUGCAACGGCGUCGAGUCCAGAGUCAAAAGGAUAAGCUGUAUUGA